AUGGAUCAAAUUACUCAACAACAGAACGAAGACAACUCUAUUCAAUUCGACUUGACGGAAAACGGACCGGGAUCACCACCUGACUUCCUCCAAGCCACAGAUUCGACUGAGACCGGCUCGGGUUCGAACACAUCCAACAGUCCGACAAUCUCACUUCGUUCAGCACCUCCUCGAAACCUCGACGGCGGUGUUUUACCAACUACAACUUCGUUGCCCAACCUGACUUCUGUACAGAACCCCAUCACUCCUUUCGCGAUGGAGCCCAAUUGGCCCUCGCAAGGGUUUUAUAAUUAUUAUCAACCUGAGGCUUUGAGAUCCUCAUUCGACAGGCAAUCCACUUCACCUCAAACCUCGAUGCACUCCUACGACGAUCCCACGCAUCGCAGAUCCGCCACUCUCCCUCAUAAUCCGACAUUCUUACCUCCUCCUGUGCCCAUCCCUCACCCUAUCCACAAUUCAGCCAACGGGGGUAAUGUAAGCCUACCACCUCUCCCACAGACAUUCUACGGGAGCUACCCCACUGGUUCCUCGUCGAACAAUCCCAACCAAAGUCAAGGUGGAAGUCAAUCUACUCCGGCAAACAUUCAUACUCUGGGACAUAACGUCGGAUACUCUGUAUCAAACUCAUCUUCGGGUGGAUACCAUUAUCCUUUAACGUCCCCUAUCGGAUUGACUGAUUCUUUCGGUUCAGGUAAUGGACCAAAUAGGAUACCACCCGUACACUCGUAUAGUGAAUCACCGAGAAUACCUGGAUAUCCAUCGUCUUCGCCCGGUGGACCUGGAUUACAUCACCAGCAUCAUCUAUCGCCUACUUCACCUACCAGUCACUUACUUCAUGGUAUGAACCCUUCAUCCGCGUCGACAUCUUCGUCCUCUUUCCCCAGUAUACAACGAACACCCGCCAACUUGCCUUCUUCAAGAGGUAAUCACAAGAGAAGAAGUACCAGUGCGAGUCAUUCGACCGAAAGUUGGGAUGAGAUCGAACGAAAUUUCGUACCUACCUCUACGGAGGUUGAGACUAGAGAAUUGGGUGAUGAACAACCUUGGGGUAUGCCCCAAUCUGAAUACAAAGCUUUGAACCCGAGAGAUAAGAAACAGGUUAGAAAUAGGAUUGGAGCGAGGAGAUUUAGGGCUAAAAGGAAGGAUUAUGUGAACAAUCUUGAAACUACCCUUCGAAUGAAAGAUGAUGAGAUCACAACCCUACGAAUCCGAUGUGAAUCGCAACAAAGUGAAAUCAACAACUUGAGAAAUAAAUUGGGUUUACCAACGAUCGAGUACCCUACUCCUCAACCUCAAAAUAACGAUACUUCGGGUUUGGGUCUCGUGAUGAAUCAAAGUAACCCUACGCCCAACGGCAAUGCCAGCGGGGACAACAAUGGUUCAUCAACUCAUAGUAGUAAUAGCAAUAAUGGUGGUAAUGGGAAUGAAUGGGGAAAAACUAAGAUUGAAAAUGUACAUCAAUAA